AUGGCCCUGGCCGCGGACGCGUGUCACGCGUGCCGGGCCGGAUCGGAGGAAGCGAAGGUUCGUCCCGUGGAGCUAUGUAGCACCGACAGUGGGACCAGCUACUCCUCAGCCACCUCGGGAGGCAGCUCGGAGCGUCCCACUGGUGCAGGGCUGGUGGACCCUCGCUGCACCAAUCUCAACUUCUUCCAUGACUUCGCACGCAUUGAGGAGAUGAUCGGAAAGGGUUCCUUCACGAAGCGGAAAGAGCUCAGCAGCUGUUGCCGUGGAGAGGGCCAGGUGGAGCUGCAUCUCUGGAGCGGCGAAGGUGAGAAGUUGGUGGUGGUGAAGCGGCUCCCGGCCGAGCGGGUCCGAGUCAACCAAGGACAGCCAGCGAGCGAGCAAGAGCUGUUCCAACGGAGCAUCAGUCGGUCCUCUGAGGACGUGUUGGCGGAGAUCGGGGUCUUCAGCUACCUUGGACAGUGUGAGAAACUGCCGGCGUACAUCUUGGAAAUGCUCUUUGCUCUCCAAAUGGAUCAAGAGGUCUGGCUGGUCUUGGAGCAUGCGGAGGGCGGGGAUUUGUUCAACGUGAUCUCCAAGCGGCCUCCUUCGAAAGAGUUGCUCCUUCUUUGGGCGUGGCAGCUCCUGCAAGCCGUGGCCUUUCUCCACCAGCAAGGCAUUUGCCACCGAGACAUCUCUCUGGAGAACAUCUUGCUGAGUGGGGGCGACAUUCGCCUCAUGGAUUUUGGACAAGCUGUCCAGAGCUCUGAGGCCGGGCAGUUGCUUCGAUACUUCUGGGCGAUUGGAAAGCCCUACUACCGACCGCCCGAGACCUACAUCCCCAGCAGCAGCACCUUCGAGGUGAUGAUGCCGCCGGGGCUCAGCAGCGGUCAGGUGACCCUGGCCAAGACGCCCUCACAGGACUUCCUGUGUCACGUUCGCGUGUUGGACGUGGAAACGGCCACCGCAGAGCCCUACGGGUAUACGGCACCGCCGGUGGACGUGUUCGAGACUGGGGUGAGCAUUUUGAUCAUGUUCUUCGCUGCGCCGCCCUGGCGGCAAGCGAGACCCAAUGACACCUACUUCAAGUGGGUUCAGAGCAACGGACUGCAAGCCUUGGCCAAAUCCUGGAAGAAGGCCUUGCCAGAGCCAGUGGGAGAGCUCCUGAAGCGCAUGCUGCACCUGGAUGCUGAGCAACGGCCCAGUGCUCAGGAGUGCCCUGGAGAGAAUUAUGAGACCCGGGGUUUGAGAAUGAGAUGGAACAAAGAGAAGAGUUUCCCUUUUUGA